CGCAGAUGCGCGCUGAGUGAGUCGCAGUGAUGAGAGAUGACAGGUCGGGUCAGGAUGGCUGAGACUGGAGCACAGCUCUUAGCCAGGAUCGAGGGGAGGAGAUCACUGAAAGACAUUGAUCAGCACAUUUUUCCUGAAAAUGGUGGUCCAACUCAAGGUGAUGUGAUUGAGUUUCACGGAGUAGAAGGGAGUGGUAAGACAGAGAUGUUGUACCACCUCCUUAGCCGCUGUAUCCUCCCCACGCACAGCGGAGGACUGGAAGUGGAAGUCGUCUUCGUGGACACUGAUUACCACUUCGACAUGCUGCGCCUGGUGAGCAUCCUGGAGGCCCGUGUGACCUCGUCACCGCCAGAGAGUGAGAUGGAGGAAGUGGUCCGUUCCAGCCUGCGCCGCCUCUCCGUGCUGCACUGUUCCAGCUCUGUCCAGCUCCUCUUCACGCUACACUAUCUGGAAGGAAUUCUGUGCAGUCGGCCCACCUUGUGCCUGCUCAUCAUAGACAGCAUCUCAGCUUUCUAUUGGACAGACCGCGCCAACGGUGGUGACAGCUUGGCUCGGCAGGAAGCCAACCUGCGGAAGUGCACCGAGAUCCUGGAUAGGCUCAGGAGAGACUAUGGCGUUGUUGUUUUCGCCACCACGCAUGCGGUUAUGAGGAACUAUUCAUCCAGCUCGACAGCAUCUGGAUCGUCAGAGUCGAGCGGGUCCACUCCUUCGUGGAAAUGCAGCUCGGAAUUCGACAAGCAGUAUCUUUGCCGAGCCUGGCAAAAGCUGCUCACACACAGACUUCUGUUCUCGAAAAGUGACCAAAGUAGUGUAUCUGAAGAUCACAAGCAGCUAUUCUCAGUGGCAUGUAACACUGUAAGGACUAAAGGAACUCAUCGGUGUGUGUUUUAUGUCACAGAAGCAGGCGUUCAGUUUAGUGAGUGAAACCACAGACAUCUGUGCACAUCUGUGAUUCAAUUCUUUUUAAUCAGACGAUACAGGGGACAAAAUAUCAGGAAGCGUGCAGGGUCUGCUGGGUUGGGGUUGUGUGCUGUCUGAUCUCUGAAAGAAGUAAACAUGGAAAACAAUAUAAUCAGUAGGACGCAACUUAUCUAAUCAGGCAUUUUUCAUCUUCCUAUAUUACGCAUUAACUAUUGUUUUUCAUCUUUCUUAAAGGUAUUUUUGCUACACGUUACUGGAUUUAAAUAAAGCUGGAAAUAACA